AUGCAGAUAGCCAGACGAGCAUGCUCCGAGGUCAGUCAGAGUGCGUUGGGUCAGAUCCGAGACACAGAAUCAAGAGCAUCAGGACAGACCGCGCCGGAGUGCAGAAUAGCGCGUAUCGAGGCAGUCGAGACCCUAGCAGUGCAAGUGACGCAACGUCAGUCCGCCCAGUCAGGAGCCAACCAAGGCGAGACCGCCGAGGUCAGGGAUCCAGACCAGUCGAGGGGACGCGCCGACAGGUUACCUGUUCAUGAAUGCUCUAGAGCGAGUCAGUCCAACGAGUGUCAUGUGCGCAAGAGUCCGAUGUCGCGGGAGAAAAGUAGAGGAGCCUCGCGACAGUCAGACGCAAGCGGAGUGUGCAGGAGCCAAAAUCAAUAUCCACGCCAGUCAAAGUGCCGAGCGACAGACGUGUGCCAGAAGCAGGUUAUGAGUAGUACCAUCAGUCAGACCGAAGCAGUCGAGGAGCCGCGCGAGUCGAGGGGGGAUACCAGGAUUCAGAGCCAGACGAGUCCAGUCCUUCACCUGAGCCCCAGGCGGAUCGCAGCCUCUCGAGUCAAGACAGGUAGCAGUUACUCAGCGCAGUCCAUCAAUCCGUAG